ACCGCCCCCAGUCUCUGGAGCCGCUGAGCUCUCCCCAUCUCCUCUCCGCCUUCCACUCUCCCUCCCGCGGCAGCUCCGCCGACACCGGAGGAGGCAGAAGCAGAGAGAGAGGGGCGGCCGCCGGGCCCGCUGCCCGCUUCCCCGCCGCGGGGGUGUGAGCGGCGGCGGCGGGCAUCGCCGGGGGGUGCGCGGAGCGCGGAUCGGAGCCCGGCGCCGCCUCCAUGUUCCAGCUGCCCAUCCUCAAUUUCAGCCCGCAGCAGGUGGCCGGGGUAUGCGAGACCCUGGAGGAAAGUGGGGACAUCGAGCGCCUGGGGCGCUUCCUCUGGUCCCUGCCGGUGGCUCCCGCGGCCUGCGAGGCCCUCAACAAGAACGAAUCGGUGCUGAGAGCCCGGGCUAUCGUGGCCUUUCACACGGGAAACUACCGGGAGCUCUACCACAUCCUGGAGAACCACAAGUUCACCAAGGAGUCCCACGCCAAACUGCAAGCCCUCUGGCUGGAAGCGCAUUACCAGGAGGCGGAGAAGCUGCGGGGCCGACCCCUGGGGCCGGUGGACAAGUACCGGGUGAGGAAGAAGUUCCCGCUGCCCCGCACCAUCUGGGACGGCGAGCAGAAGACACAUUGCUUCAAGGAGAGGACGAGGCAUUUGCUGAGGGAGUGGUACCUGCAGGACCCUUACCCCAACCCCAGCAAAAAGCGGGAACUGGCUCAGGCCACGGGACUUACCCCCACGCAAGUGGGCAACUGGUUCAAAAACCGCAGGCAAAGGGACAGGGCAGCAGCCGCUAAGAACAGGCUACAGCAGCAGGUCCUAACGCAGGGGUCGGUGCGCUCGCUGCAAGCGGAGGAGGAGAGCGGCGGGGAGGCGGUGGGAGCAGCCUCCAGCCCCGCAGCCAGCCUCUCCAGCAAAGCGGCCACCUCCGCCAUCUCCAUCACAUCCAGCGACAGUGAAUGUGACAUCUGA